GAGAGAGACAAGUUCUCGGAUAUCACAACGUCAUUGCCAUCUUAGCGUAAAGUAAUAAUAACUGAUUCCACUUCCAUUUUCCCUGAUCCCUAAAAUCCUUACUUCAAUUCCUUGACUCUCUCGACAAAAUAAAACAAUUCAUGGCUGUUUGAUUUGUCUUUCUGAUUUUAUUUUUUAUUUUUUUUCGUGGACUAGGUUUAGUUGUGUUUUGGAAUCGGGGAAAAUGGGGCUGAUUUCAGGGUUAUUUUUGGGGAUCGUCUUCGGGAUCGGGUUGAUGGCUGGAUGGAAACACAUGAUGCAGUACCGAAGCACCAAACGAGUUGCUAAGGCAGUGGAUAUAAAACUCCUUGGGUCACUCAAUAGAGAUGAUUUGAAGAAAAUAUGUGGUGAUAAUUUUCCUGAUUGGAUUUCUUUUCCUGCUUUUGAACAGGUGAAAUGGCUAAAUAAGCAAUUGGGCAAAUUAUGGCCUUUUGUUGCAGAAGCAGCUACAGCGGUGGUUAAAGAAUCUGUUGAACCACUAUUGGAAGACUACCGACCCCCAGGGAUUACUUCUCUAAAGUUUAACAAAUUUUCUCUCGGUACUGUGCCGCCUAAGAUUGAAGGAAUUCGUGUCCAGAGUCUCAAGCAAGGUCAAGUUACCAUGGAUAUUGAUUUGCGGUGGUGUGGUGAUCCAAGCAUCAUUCUAGGCGUUGAAGCUGCACUUGUUGCUUCCAUACCCAUUCAAUUGAAAGAUCUUGAAGUUUACACUGUUAUCCGUGUUAUCUUUCAACUUGCUGAGGAGAUUCCAUGUAUUUCUGCUGUUGUGAUUGCUCUACUUUCUGAGCCAAAGCCAAAGAUUGAAUACAUUCUCAAGGCUGUUGGUGGAAGCUUAACAGCACUUCCUGGAGUCUCAGAUAUGAUUGAUGAUACUGUGAAUUCGAUUGUUACGGAUAUGCUUCAGUGGCCCCACAGGAUUGUUGUUCCUAUUGGUGGUAUCCCUGUUGACAUAAGUGAAUUAGAGCUUAGACCUCAAGGAAAGCUUACAGUGACCGUAGUGAAGGCAAAUGACUUGAAGAACAUGGAAAUGAUUGGAAAAUCUGAUCCUUAUGCAGUUGUAUAUGUUCGGCCAAUGUUCAAGGUUAAAACUCAAGUCAUUGAUAAUAACCUGAAUCCUGUUUGGAAUCAAACAUUUGAUUUGAUUGCUGAAGACAAGGAGACGCAAUCACUUAUUCUUGAGGUCUUUGAUAAGGACAUUGGGCAAGACAAGAGAUUAGGAAGAGCAAAAUUAGCUUUAAAUGAGCUGGAAGCCGAAACUUGGAAGGAGCUGGAGUUCGGACUGUUGUCAUCGUUUGAUACAUUGAAGGUUAAGGAUAAGAAGGAUAGAGGAACUAUUACAAUUAAGGUUUUUUACCAUGAAUUUAACAAGGAAGAGUCGUUGGCUGCUCUAGAAGAAGAGAAGCAGAUCAUAGAGCAACGAAAGAAACUAAAAGAAGCUGGAGUUAUUGGGAGCACAAUGGAUGCGCUUGAUGGGGCAGCAUCACUGGUGGGAUCAGGAGUUGGGCUUGUGGGAGGUGGUGUUGGUGCUGGAGUUGGGUUUGUGGGAAGUGGCUUAGGAGCUGUUGGUAGUGGCCUGAGCAAAGCAGGAAGGUUCAUGGGCAGGACAAUCACCGGACAAUCCAGCAAGAGAACUGGCAACACAACUCCAGUCAAUAGUGUGCAAGAAAACGGUGGAGCAAAGCCCCUGUAGUGCCCCACUGCUGAAGCAUGUGAAUUUGGCCGCAAAUGUACUUUAUGAAAUUUAGCUCGAGAAGCUGUUGUGUGCAUCGUGGACCUUCUGCUUGGCAUAGAUAUUUGUUAUUAGUUUCAACUGUAUCAUCGUAGUUAAAAUUUAUUUGACGUGAAUACAUAGUAGUCUUCUUUAACACCCUACAAAAAUAAAGUGAUUGUUCAGUCA